AUGACGAAAGAAAACUACGCGAUGACAGUUUGUGUGUUUGUUUUUCUUGGCGCUCUGUCUUUUUUGAUCGAGGUUAUCACCCACAAGAUCGAACACACGUUUUCCAAAAAGGAGCACAUCCUGUCAAUGAUCCAACACUUGUACCACGAGCUUAUGAACUUGGGCAUUGUCUCAUUUACUUUCGUUCUCUUUGACAUGGUUGGUGUGUACGUUGGCAUUUCUCACAUCGCUCCAAAGUACAACGAACGUGAAGCAGACAUUUUUGGCAUUUUCGAGGUGGUUCAUAUCACCAUUUUUUCAAUCGCCGUGUUCUUGAUUUUAACUGGCUCGUACGUUAUCUUUAUCAGUUGGGUAUACCAAAAGUUGUGGAGCUAUUUCGAGAAGUACGGCUUUCAAAACUCCGAGGAGAGCUUUUUGGAAAAGAUGCAAGAACUCUCAAACAACAAAUUUAAUUACAUCAACCCCGUGUUUCUCGCUAAAUACGAGUUUGCCCUCAGAAGGUACCAGUUCAACAUUAUGAAGGAGAACUUUGUUAUUAUGGAAGGUCUUCCCACCAAGUUCCGGUUUGCAAAAUACGCCACAAGUUGCUUCAGACGACUGGCCACUAGACAUAUCCACUUGAGUGGUAAGAUGUGGGCGUUUGCAAUCGUUUUUGAAAUCUGCAUGAUCUCCACUAUUUAUAUUCCAAACCAAGAUAUCGGGUGUUUAGUUUCUCACGCUUUGGGCUACGUUUCCGUUCCAAUUGCUCUUCUUGUAAUGCUCAAGUGUCGUUCUGUCAUCGGUCAAUUGGUUAAAUUACAUCACUCGAGUAUGGCGCUUCCACAAAUUAAGUUUUUGGAUGAUGACAGAAAUUACCCUUCCGCUUCUGAGUUGAAAAACGAGUAUUCUGAGAGUUACUCAGUAAGUGAAGAUUACUCAACCAUGCGACUUUCCCUUCAACGCGACGGGAGAAAGAUUUCUCUCAACUAUGGAAUUCGAGACGUCCCACAGCCACAACUCCCAAAACCUCCAAAAGGCAUUAAAGGAGUCAUACACAAGUACUUUGGGUGGGUUCCGUGUUACAACUCUCCGUAUUAUACACCUGUUGAGAGAUUGUUAUGGUUUAAGUCUCAUGGGUUUAUCCAUUUACUCAUGAAGUGUCUUUCGAUCUCUCAGGCCAUCUAUAUUGUUCUCCACAUCAUUUUCUUUUCAAACGCUGACGUACAUAUGUGGCAGCACUUCUUGGUGAUUGUCCCUCCUAUAUUUUUGAUGAUCUUUGCUCUUCCAUUCUGUCUAUCAUCUAUGACGCUUAUUAGAUACGUUGACAAAGAUAGACUCGACGAUGUUGUCAAAACGAUAGUGUUCCAAUCAAUCUCGAGCAAAUUUUCGAAACGCAAUUUAUACAAAACGGUGGCUGGAGCCGAAAAGCAAAACAUGGAAAUUCCAGAUCAAGAGAUGGUGAAUGUGUUUAAGAACCGAUACCUUGCAACAAAUGGAAAUCCAGAUAACAUCGAGGAAAUAAAAGUUUUGUCCGAAGUCAUCGGGUCACUCACAAAUGGGGUUUUGAAAAAAUCUGGGGUGACGUCAAAGAAGAUUGGAGAUGUGACAAUGCUCCAAUCUGGAAACGGGGAUGUCGUGCUUAAAGGAGUCGAUCCACAGGGAAUUGAGGAAAUCCUUCAGCAACUCAGAACAAAACGGAAACAACAAGAAAACCUCAAGACCGAAUCAGAGGCGGGUCCCGUUGCAAUCUCAGCUACUCAAACCUCAAACUCAUCAUUUGGGCAACAGAACGAGACAACAGUUAAGCGGAAAAAAUCAGAGGAGAACGAAACGCAACAGAGGCGAGACAAACCAGAAGCAACAGAAAUCGAAAUGACUGAAACACUGACGACAACUGGGCCGACUAUUAUUCCAGACCGAUCGGAAGUAGUGUCGAACAUGGAGAAAACGGACUCUAAUAAAAGCAUAGAGCUCUCCGACGACUCAUCAAGUGACGAUGUACCAACACCAAGGGCUUCGUUGAAACCAGGGCAAUUCACACUUGUUCAAAAGGUCGCACAAACUACAACGCACUCCGUGAUGAAUGUUGGAGAAAUUGAGAUUAUUGACAUGAAUGAUGAGGCAUAA